AUGGCUGUAUGUAUAUAUAUGGGCGUCGAAGGUUACCGACGACAGAUUCCCAAGCUGUGGGCGUUCUUCGCACUUUCACAAAUUCUACCAAUUUCAUUCGCCCAGAACCUAUUCUAUCUGGCCCUCAUACGUUCGCCACACCAGAGCCAAGCUGUUGCCACAAGGCCAUGGAUCUCUGCACUCCUCCUGAUCGCCUACUCGUUUGGCAUUAGUCUCGCUCCACAAACGGCAGGAACAGCAGCGCUCAUGCCGAUGAUCAUUGCUGCAAGACUAUUGCUCUUCGCACAACUAGCGCUCGUCAAGAUUGGAACGGGAUCGCCUAGCGGCGGUCUUGCACAACAGCUGCAGCAACCUAUAGCAAGUCUGGGUGUUAUACUUACUGCUCGCCAGGCUUACUCGGCACUGCAGUCAUACACCCCUAGUGAGAUCAUUGCGGCCCUUCUUGGCCACCCUGCGGUCAGUUCGCUAGGAAUUGACUUCCUGCUAAGCGCCUUUAGCUGUCUCACCUGGAUGGGUGUUGAGCUGCCCAAUGAUAGAAGAGUCUCAAUCAAAGGCGAGAAGGAUUUGUAA